AUGCGCCCCAGAUUUUUUUUCACACAAUCACACAGCGCCAUGCUUCUCCAACCCACCAUCCCAAAACCUCCUCCAAAUUAUCCCAAACAGAAUCACGGCAAUGUUUACGCUUCAAACGCGCUCUCAUUCUCAUCUGGGCUCCUUCAGAAUUCGACUUUUUUUGUGAAAUACACCGGCUAUAAAACCCAUGACGAAAACGCAGUAUUUGUUACUUGUUCAUCGACACCGCAGGGUAACAGCCGCGGAACAGUUGACUACGAGAGGAGGGCCUUUCAGAAUUGGGGGGAUAUUUUCAAUAAAGUAUAUAUGCUGAAAAACUCGGAUUCGGGGGCUGCUGCAGUGUUGAGUCGGAUUGAAAAUGAGGGCAGGAAAAUAAAAAGAUGGGAGAUUUCCAAAGUUGUGAAGGAGCUCAGAAAGUUAAAGCGGUUCAAACUCGCGCUUGAGAUAUAUGAAUGGAUGAAUAAGAGGCCACAAAGGUUCACAGCAACCUCCAGCGACGCUGCCAUCCAGCUCGACCUCAUCGCGAGAGUGCACGGCAUCUCGAGCGCCGAACAUUACUUCAAAAAAAUUCCAGGCGCCUCAAUGGACAAUAAAGUAUAUGGCUCCCUUCUAAACGUGUAUGGCCGCUCAAUGAUGAGGGAAAAAGCCGAGUCCCUAAUGGACGAAAUGAGAAACAGAAACUACGCCAACCACAUCCUCCCUUUGAAUGUGAUGAUGACCCUCUACAUGAACCUCAAAGACCACGAGAAAGUGGAGUCGUUAAUAUCAGAAGUAAUGGAGAAAGGGAUAGCGCCCAAUAUCUAUACCUACAACAUAUGGCUCUCUUCCUGUGGGUCCCAAGAUAAAAUGGAGCAAGUUUUUCAGCAGAUGGAGCUCGACAACUCGGUAGAUCCAAACUGGUUAACUUUCAGCACGAUGGCCGCUAUUUAUAUUAAAUCGGGUGUCUUGGAGAAAGCCGAGGAGUGUCUAAGGAAACUGGAGGAGAGGGUUAUGGGGCGGGACCGUAGGCCUUUCCACUCUCUCAUUACCCUUUAUGGUACAAUGGGCAGGAAGGAGGAGGUUUAUCGAAUAUGGAACAAUUACAAGGCCUCGUUUGUAAAUAUCUCUAACACGGGGUAUCACUCGGUGAUUUACGCCCUUAUCCGAUCAGAUGACAUCGAGGGUGCUGAGAAAAUGUAUGAUGAGUGGCUUUCGGUAAAAUCGACUUUUGACCCACGAUUAGGUAAUCUGCUCUUGAGCGCUUAUUUGAGAGAUGGGCUUUCCCAAAAGGCGGAGACUUUUUUCGACCAGAUGACCAAGAUGGGAGGGAAACCCAGCUCGUUGACAUGGGAGAUACUCUCGGAGGACCACAUUGAAAAUAUGAGGAUCACGGAGGCCCUUUCUUGCCUAAAAAAUGCGGCCUUGGCCGAUGGGUCAGGAAGCUGGAAGCCAUGGCAUCAGAAUGUGUCCAAAAUUCUCGAGAUUGUGGAGAGAAGUGAUGAUGCGGUGGCUAAGGAGUCGUUGUUGGAGAUAUUGAGGCAGGUGGGGUGUCUCGAUGAUGCAGCUUACAUUUCGAAUAUACCUUUGUUGGGUGGUGACAAGUUUGGUGGGGGUGAGGAUGGAAAUUUCGUGCUUCUCAAUCAACUGCAGGAGAGCUUGUGA